CUGACCGCCUUCUGCUGACCGUACUCCACCAUCCACAAUCAUCCACCACCAGUAGGCAUGUCUGGACGGCCUGUAAGCUCGUGUCCUGCAUCGUGGCUUCCUCGAUGAACUGGAUUUACAGAUUACCGUUCACCACGGCUCCAUCUGCCACGCUGCUACCAAUCCUCGAUCUGCGCAAUCUCCACCACCACAGCAGCACCAAUUUCGUCGAUCGAAGUUCAUCUGACCCAUGGGCUGCCGUCCCAAGCCGGCUGGGGCUAGUACGGAUUGGGCAUCUCAGUAAUCUCAUAUGGAGAAUCCAAGAGCGCUUGUCCAACGCUAUGCCAUCUUUGUCUUCCUGUGCGUCACGACCGGGCCCACCUCGAUCGACUUUCCGGCCUGCAGGCUACGAAACGCCUUUCUCCACGGAACAUGUCACAGCUUCCAUUCUGGUUCAAUGUCUCAAAAUGUCCAAGCCUCCAUCUGUUCUUUCAUUUGUCACUGUCUUCUUCAGUAAAUACUCUGGUUCUUCCAGCACUCAAAUCCCGCCCGGGUACCUUCAUAAAGUGGUGCCCAUUGCGACUGUAUGA